AUGGCAGACCCUAUUGGCGCUAUAUCACUUGGCAUCACCGUUGUUGGGGGAUUGCUGAAAUUCUAUACCGACUUUAGAGGCCAGUCGGACGAAAUUCAGAAAAUGGCAAGAAAGCUAUCCAGACUGCUUCAACUCUUUUCAGCAUCAGAGACAGAGUUGCAGAAAACCGAAUGCGAAGCCGAUGACAGCACGCUCGCGAAGACGAUAGACCCAUGUAUAGCGGACGCUCAAGAGCUGAUUUAUUGCCUCGAUGAGGAGCUAAACAAGUUCCAACUGUCGCGUGGCACUGAAUCAAUAUUUCGCACCACUGGCCGGCGUAUUGCGUAUCCUUUUCGGCGAAGCACGCUGCUGAAGCUCGAAGAAGACAUUGACAGUCUUGUUGACAGCUUGACGUUGGCAUUUGGUAUUUCGCAGAACACACAGAUCCGCGGGCUGCAAAAUGGGGUGCACAGCGUUAUGGAGUCACUCAACCUUGUGAGAGGAACUCAGGUCAACACGGAUAUCAAAAACUGGCUCCGGGCACCAGAUGCAGGCACAAAUCUCAACGAAGCCGCUAGCAAGAGACAUCCUGACACGGGGCUAUGGCUUACCCAGAGUCCAUUGUUCUUGUCAUGGUUGCAGGAGCGCAGCCAUUUUCUAUGGCUUACUGGCUUUGCCGGUAGCGGAAAGACGGUCUUGUGUGCCACUGCUAUUCUGUCGAUUUUCAGGCACCGACAGGCACGCAGCACGGUUGGUAUAGCAUUCUUUUUCUUCACGUUCAGCGAUGACAGGAAGCAAGAUGCAUCUUCUAUGCUUCGUGCUAUCUUGCUGCAACUAUCAAGUCAGCUUGGUGAUGACCACAGCAUCCUCUCAUUGCUGCGAGAGAGGUAUAGAGACACCAUACCGCCCAACCAAGCUCUGAUGAAUUGCUUGCGGCAGCUUUUGCGCAGCUUCAGAGAUGUUUAUAUUGUUUUAGAUGCUCUGGACGAGAGCCCUUGGGAUGCACAUCGGGGGACCACUCUGGAUAUUGUAGCUGAGCUGCGCUCAUGGCAGGAACAAAGCCUGCAUCUUUUGGUCUCAAGCCGAGAUGAGGUUGACAUUCGCGAUGGGCUCCGUGCAACGAUAAAUGAGAAGAUAUACUUAGGUAACGCCACCAAUGCUUCAGAUAUCGAAUUGUACAUUGCCAAAAGUCUUCGUACGAAUCGACAACUUCGAAAAUGGGAAGCAGACCAUGACCUCAUAAAGGCUACACUCGUGGAGCGUGCUGAUGGCGUUUUUCGCUGGGUGGAGUGCCAACUCAAGGCCGUGGAAAGAUGCGCACGGAGCGAUCAGGACCUUGAAAUCCUGCUUUCUUCCUUACCAGAUACUCUGGAAGAAACCUAUGAGCGAAUGCUUGGCAAUAUUCCAACAUCAUCCAAAAAUCGAGCUCGGGCGAUUUUCACAAUGCUCUGCUGUUCAAAGCGGCCUCUAACUGCGGACGAACUCUUGGAAGGGAUGGCUGUGGAACUUGAGGACAAGCCCAGAUUCAAUCCGAAAAGACAGCUCAAAGAUGUGGAAGCCAUUGAGGAGCAAUAUCUGGAAUCGGAGCAACUAAGAAACACCGCCGAUAUCGCCCAAUAUUGCUUGAGCCUGAAAUACGCCGGACAGAGUUAA